AACUUGAUCAAGAGUGGGCUGUGCUUGAUCGAGAGUGGUUUUUUUUUCCCCCCUCUCUCUAAAACGAAGAAGAUGACUAAGGUGGCUGCAACCGCGCGAAGAUCAGGACGGCAACACCAAGCGAAGGAGAUUAGACCAGAACUUUCGGACCGUAGAAUGACCCGUUCCGCAUUGAAGCAGAAGCAGCUGGAGGAGGAAGAAAAUAAGCGCAUCCAGGAGUUCCCUGGGUUUGAUAUUGGGGACAUUCCUCCCAAUGUUUUUGGUAAACUUCAAUUUAAAUCAUGUUGGACUGAAAACUCUCCGUAUCCUGCACCGAAGGAAUAUGAGGAUAUGGCAAAGAUUGGUCUUGAGACUUACAACUGCCAACAUGAAACAUUGUACCAGUUCACCAAAAUCCUCGGGGUAUAUUCCUUGAGGAAGCGUAUAUAUGCUGCUUACCACAUCACUUUCCAGGCUGAUGAUGAGUCUUCAACCAAGAAUUUUGAAGCUAAAGCUGGUUCUUUUCGUGACGUCACUGUGGUCCCCUUUUGCAAGCUGGAGAAGGGUUUGGACGUGGCGGCGUCGGAUGGUGAUCGUAAACAGACAGAAACUCUUUCAGACCUUGUCCGUUCCGCAUUCAUUCAGCAGCAGGAGGAGAGGCAGCAGCUGCUGAGGGAAGAAGAUAGUCGCAUCGAGGAGCGACGUGGGUUUGAUUUUAUGGACAUUCCUCCCUUUGUACUAGAUGGCGCAUUUGAACCAUGCUGGUCUGAAAGUUCUCUCUAUCCUGCUCCAAAGCUGUACGAGGAUAUGUCAAAGAUUGGUAUUAAAAGAUACAACUGCGAACAUCACAAAUCGUAUCAGUUCACCAAACUCCGCAGGGUCUAUUUCCGCAAGGAUGGCAAGAAAAUUGGCCGUAUCAUCUCUUUCCAGGCUGAGGAUACUUCGGUUGCUUCUCACAAGAAUUUCCUAAUUCGUGUGGUAUCUGUUCCCAAUGAGACUAUGAUCAACUGGUGCAUGCUGGAGGAGGGCUGGGGCCGGGGCUUGGACUUCACCAGCGAAGGUGAUUGGUUUGGCAACGACAUGACCAUUGAAAUUGAUAUGUAUUGUUCAUCAGUGGAACACUGGUUACAUCCAGAGAAGGUGAUUGGUCUGGUGAGGACAUGACCAGCGAAGGUGAUUUGUAUUGUUCAUCAGCAAAACACUGGUUUUGAAACUUAUGUUGACAUGCAACAGUGCAUGUCGGGACCGGUUAAUUUGUUGUGUUGACUAUUGUGUGACGUGAUUAUGCUUUUGAAAUAUUACUACUACUACAACAUUCUCGAUCGUAGCUUAAUUAUAUAAUGGGUUUUGACUAUGGAAAUACCCAAGUUGGGUCAUUGUUUGGGUGGCCUUUACCAACACUGUUUCCGUUGUAUUAGUGAUUUGUCUUUUGAAUUCAUAA